AUGCGAAGUAGUGUGUAUAAUGCUUCAAUCAAACGUUAUCUAUCAUACUUUAUCAGUUGUGGAUUAUUAGCAGUGGUGUAUAUGGUGGUAAUACAUGGAAUUCAUCGGUUAAGCGUUGUUACAAUAAUUGUUAUUACACCAACUUACAAACGACCAGAACGAUUAGCAGAAAUGACUAGGAUUUCACAAACGUUAUCACACAUUAAUGAUCUGCAUUGGAUUGUUAUUGAAGAUGCAAAUGAAACUGUGAAAGCUGUACAAAGAAUCUUGAAUAGAUCAGGUCUCAAGCAUGUAUAUUUUUAUACAACUACUCAACCAGGCUUUCCUAAGCGUGGAUGGACACAUCGUAACGAGGGAUUAAAAUAUAUCCGUAAAAAUUAUCAAAAUUUUAGACGACCUGCAGUUGUUUAUUUCGCUGAUGAUGAUAAUACAUAUGAUAUUCGUUUGUUUAAUUAUUAUAUCAGAAAUGUCAAAACAAUUGGUUUUUGGGCUGUUGGUCUUUCGGGAAAAGCACUGGUUGAGGCGCCUCAUGUUCAGAAUGGUAAAAUUGUAUCAUGGGAUGUUGUGUAUGCUCCAGAUCGAACAUUCGCUACAGAUAUGGCUGGUUUUGCUGUUAAUUUGGAGCUUAUUCUUAAAACAAAGGCUGUAUUUCGAAAAGGCUGUAAAACUCCAGAAGAUUGUUUUCUCAAGCAAUUCAAUAUCUCAUUGGCAGAAACUCAAGCUUUUGGUUAUAAUGAGAUUCCAAAAGAAAUUCUUGUUUGGCACACUCAAGCAAAAAAAGGAAUAUUUACUGGAGAUCGUCAUGGAUAUGAAAUUGAGUAG